AUGAUCAAGCAAGGCGGCAAUUGUUGCCUAUGCAGGGCAUGUUACUACCUGAAGAGGGGAAGCCUCAACAACAUGAAGAUAUCCGAGCUCAUCACAAACUUGAAUGACAACGAUUCAUUCCGAGAGAAGUAUGAUCGCAUGAGGGCCGCCCAGGUUGUCUUCGUGGCGCAGAACCCUAAUGCUCGAUACCGACAUGAGAAGCCUGAUGUCAAGAAUUUGCUGGAGAAAAAGGACGAGACCUACGUUGAUGUGGCAUCAGUCAUGGUUUGGGUUUCACUACGCAAGUUCUGCGACACACAUUUUCCAUCCAUGAAAUUCAAGAAUGAUAGCCAGCGCAAAGCGCACCUACUCAAGCGCGGCAUCAAAAUACAGCCAGAUGAGUCGGGGGUUGACGGAGUUGCCGUCCCAAAAGACGGGCCAGAUGCUGAGCAAAAGGAAAUCAGAGUUGGCAAGCGACUCAGCGCUACCAAGAUCAAACAAAUGAACUUUGGGGGAGAAGAUUACGAUCGUCAAGAACUUCUUGCCCAACAAGCGAAGCAUUCUAAAGGGCUCGGCGUGGAGUGCAACUCCAAGGACUCCUAA